GCUCGAGCUCUCCUCCUGAAGCCACAGGGCUUAUGGGUAUCGUAGUUAACGGCAGGUUGUUAGACCUUAGGUUAUGUGAAUGUCGGUGAUACAUAAAACUACAGCUCCCUACAAAAAUAAGAGCGCCCUAUGAACAUUUGUUUUUAGCUUAGCUGGGACACACGAGUGAAAUUGUAACUGAGCGAGGGAAAAUAAGUUCAAGCUUGUUUUGAAUUAUUUAAAUACUCUUGCAAACGUCUUGCACACCCCCAUAUUUCUGGUGUGGAUCUGCUGCCAUGCCGGUGCACCGAGACCGGGAGAAGAAGGAGAGCACAGCGGAGGAGAUGGAGGUGGAGGAGCAGGAGCAGGAAGCAUCCAGCUCAGAGGAGGAGGACUCCGACACCUCCUCCGUCUCCGAGGAUGGAGACAGUUCUGAAAUGGAUGAGGAGGACUGUGAGCGGAGGAGGAUGGAGUGUUUGGAUGAAAUGUCCAACCUGGAGAAACAUUUCACGGACCUCAAAGACCAGCUGUAUCACGAGCGCCUCAGUCAGGUGAACAGCAAGCUGACGGAGGUGGAGGCCGGCAGGGCGGUAGAGUAUCUGGAGCCUCUGGCCGUGCUGCUGGAGAACAUGCAGGUCCGCACCAAGGUGGCAGGCAUCUACAGAGAGCUGUGUCUGGAGUCUGUCAAAAACAAGUACGAGUGUGAGCUCCAGGCAGCGUGCCAGCACUGGGAGAGUGAGAAGCUGCUGCUGUUGGACACAGUGCAGAGUGAACUGGAGGAAAAAAUCCGCAGGCUGGAGGAAGACCGACACAGCAUAGACAUCACAUCAGAGCUGUGGAAUGACGAGCUGUCGGGCAGGAAGAAGAGGAGGGAUGCUCUGAGUCCAGACAAGAAGAGGAGGAGACCUUCAGUGGUGUCUGGCCCAUAUAUAGUCUACAUGCUCCCUGACUUGGACAUUCUGGAGGACUGGACCGCCAUCAGAAAGGCCGUGGCCACGCUGGGUCCUCACAGAGGGAAGUCCGACUCCGACAGCCCUGUGUUCCCAUUCAGACAAGACAGAAACAGGCCCAUUCUCAACUGCUGAGGAGCGCACACACACACACACGAAAACUUGUCACAGGUGAUGGCUACACUGCUGUUGACAGGGAGCAGCAACACUUAUUUCAGCAACCUAAAAGACAAAUGUCUAUCAGGAAGUGGAUGCUAUAUUUAGGAUAUUUUUCAGUUUUACUUUGCUGUACGAAAACCCGUUCCAGAGGGGAAGUGAAGACGCUGAGCACAUGGACAAAAGGGGGUGAUUUUACAGCAGGGUUUCGUCAUAUCAUUCCCAAGAAUAACACACACAAGCAAAUCGUUGGAGUUGACAAACAACUAUUUAGUUCUUCUUGCUCCUGUUAGUGUUUUAUCGGAGUCUGGAGGCUUUGAAGACGGCACAAACGGUCAGUUCCUCGCUGGAUAAGGCAGUGAUUCAGUAAGCAGUGAAAAUAUUCUAAAUAUAGCACACAGUAGUGAUGAGUUCUUCACACAACCCCACUUUAAAACAACUGAAAUGUCCGUUUCAAUAUAUCAAACGAGACAGAAUUUAUUUUAGGGUUAUAAAUCUCCCUGAUUCUUCCCACAAUCCUCUGCACUCCUGAGCGAACAGAGACACCAGUCGGUAAGCUGCCAACACAAUAAAGACUCGGGGGUUUGAAUCCCUUUUUCAGAACAACAGGAAGAGACGCGUCACUCCCUCUGAUAUUUAAUUCACCGGUUCUUUAUUGGGCUACGGACGAAAGAGAUUUCACUGUGAAACUUCAGACCCGGGUUUCUGUUGUUUUCAAAGUGUGUCAAAGUCUUUCUUUGAAAUAACAACAUCUCCGAGAUGAACACCAUCCAACACACGCACCACAUGGUUUACUCCAGCUGUUCGAGAGCCUUUGAGAACAACACUUUUUUAUUUUGGGGAUAAUGGAGAUUUAUACGGAAGAUGAUUAGGGCCACAUUUGAAUUUGUUGGAUCUGAAGUCAGAAGUCAAAUAAAAAAGUCUAAAUUCUGACUUGAUUUUAAAGGUCUUAAGAAAAAAAUCUGAAUUCAGUGAUUGAAGUCAAACAUUUUUAUCUCAGAAUUUAGAUUUUUUUGUUCUCACAAAAUUCUCACUUUCGGCCCUAAUCGUCCUCCGUACUUUUAAACUUUUUUUUUUCAUUGAUUUUAAAGUUUCUUUCGGAUGAUCCAGAUGUUUGCGUGUUAUUGUGAGCAUUGUAACAUUUUAACGGUAAACCCAGAGGGGUGAUUGGCGAAGCUUCCGAUGCUCUAAGAGGAAAUACUGGUGGUCAAUUGUGCCGUUAAAACCUUCUUUUUUUUUACGUUGAUCAGUUUAAAUGUCUGAGACUAAUUAUUACAUUUUAGUUUUUCUAUUUUUAGAUAGUAAUUAUAGGACACUUUUUGUACCGUUUUGCAUCCACCACUCCACAGUGCCUGAAUUUAGUGUUGUUUGUUUUCAUGUUGCAUUUUUACGCAUUGGUUGCAGUGAUUGUGGUUGAGAUAAAUGAGUGACAGCAGUAGCUAAAAUGCAAGAUAAGGCGAUAAAUAUCCAAAUCAUGUGCAUAGAUUAGCCAAAACAGACUUGGUAAGUACAUCAGAAAGAAAAAAUACAUCUUAAACCUCUAAAUACAAUCCAAAUUUGUGGAUUUGACAUUUUAGUCUUUUGGCUCUGUGUUUUUUGUUACGUAGGAACACAAACUAAAAAAAACAAUUAAGGGAUGGGUAGGCCAGAACGAAGCAUACACUCAAACUGAUAUUACCACCUUUUAAGGACCACUAAUCACUGCAACUGCAAACCAGUUUUGAAAAUGCGAUGAGUCAUGCUAACAAAAAUCAUUCUGGAACUUGAGCGACAAAUGUAAUACAAUACCAAGGAACUCUUUGGCAUCUACCUCCUCGCUUCAAACGUCACGCGUGCAUUAUCGCUGAUGAGCGUUGAAAUGCUUCCAUCACCAGGACCGUACACACUGAUGAGUCUUUAUAUACAACCCCCUGUUUAUAAAGGAGUACGAACAAUCUGCCAUUUAUUAAUAGUCUUAUUAUAAAGUGGUUUUAGAAGAUUGAGUGGUUGGAGAUUUUAAAAUAAGAAAAUCAUUAUUUUUUUGACUGUUUUGGUUAAAUAUUUUGUCAGGUGAUUGUGUGGGUUUUACAAUAAAGUGUUGUUUUAUACAUACA